AUGUCGGAAAGCACAACAAACCCCGACGGAGCAAGGGAGGAUCCCAUUCUCUUGGAUCAAGCCGAUGUCUGGAUCGACGAUAUUCUGCCCUUUUUGGGAAUGGGACACUACGCCCUGAUUGGAGCCGUCAGCAAGAAAAUGAACCAGCUCUACAAGGAAUAUUGUCAGUCGGUCCAGCAUCCUCCCGAGGUGAUCCUCUUUGGAAUUCAUACCAGACCAGCCACUAGCACGGAUACAUUUUACAGAUCCAUAUUCGACAACGUCUCCUGUGCCCGAUACUGGGAUGAACUCUGCCGCCUCAAUGAAACGAAACGAAAGCCCUCUGUCAAUCUGGUGUGUCCGGCGAUUGCCAAGGUGGGGUCUCGUGCCACCCUGCAAUGGGCCCACGACGAAAAAGGAUUUGGUUGGAACGAACGGGCAUGUGCCAAAGCGGCCGAAGGUGGACAUUUGGAGCUGCUGCAAUGGCUUGUGGUGGAGCGACACUGUCCUUGGGAUGACAACACGUGUGCAGGUGCCGCCAGUGGGGGGCAUUUGGUAAUCUUGAAAUGGGCCCGACACAACCAUUGCCCAUGGAAUGCUUGGACUUGCUCUUCGGCGGCACGACAUGGGCAUUUUGACACCCUAAAAUGGGCCAGAGAAAAUGGCUGUGAAUGGACACGAUCCACCUGCUCUGAUGCGGCGCGAGGAGGGCACUUGGAAAUUCUGAAAUGGGCACGAGCCAACGGCUGUGAGUGGAAUUCCAUGACUUGUGCCAGUGCGGCCGAGGGUGGGCAUUUGGAGGUGUUACAAUGGGCGCAAGAGAAUGGAUGUGAAUGCAAUGUCAUUGCUUGCAAUGGUGCUGCAACUAGUGGCAAUUUGAAGAUUCUAAAGUGGCUCCAUGAGAAGGGAUAUGUGUUUGGUACUUUGACAUGUGCAGGCGCUGCUAGUGGCGGACACUUGGAAGUACUCAAGUGGCUUCGAGAAAAUGGUUGUCCGUGGGAUUGGAAGACCUGCUUUUUUGCAAGAAAUGAAGGACACACAAAUGUGUUGCUGUGGGCACAAGAAAAUGGAUGCCCAGAGAUGCCUUGA